AUGUGGACAACAGGUACAACACAUAUGAUUGCUCGUCUAACAGGUUCAACAUUAUUUGCUAAUCAUAAUCUUAUAUCAGUUUUUGGAUUUGAUCAUCGUUUAGCAUUCACAACAAAUGAAAAAACACCAUCAUCGGAUCAUGCUGCGGAAAGUUGGCAUCUAGUAGCAAGAUUACGUGAUUUACGUGCUCGUACUCCGUAUGCACUUUUUAUUAAAGAUAAUUAUAAUGAAACAAGUAAAAAAUAUCCAGGUUUAAAAAUGAUUGAUAUAACUAAAAAAAUUUCUGAAGCAUGGAGAAAUUUACCUGAUGAUAAAAAACAAACUUACGUAAAAUUAUCACAAGAUGAAAAAGCUAUUUAUGAAAAAGAAAGAAAUCGUUUAUCAGCGACUGAUUUACAAAAAUUGGAUACCGAUAAAAAGGCUAGAAGAAUUGAGAAUCGUGUUAAAAAAAGUAUUCAACAAUUACCAACUAAAAAACCACGUACAGCAUUUGUUCAUUUUAUGUCAUCACUUGAUCGUGGCAAUGCUGAUUUGGGUGAUUUUAUGAAAGGAGUAGCUCAACGAUGGUCACAAAUGACUGUACAAGAUAAACAACAAUUUGAAGACCUUCAUCAAGAAGAAAAACAACAAUAUACUAAUGCUUUAGUUGCUUGGGCUUCAUAUAAUGAUGAAGCCUCAAAACCUAAAACUCGACGAUCUUCAUCAUCGGCUUCUUCAAAACAAGGAGAUAAUGAAAUAAAAAAAACAUCAUCAAGUCGCAAAAGAGUAGUGAAAAAGAAAACAACUGGUCUUUCAAAAUCGCCUGUUGCCACUACAAAAUCGAUCGAAAAAAAAUCAACUAAAGGAAAAAGUGAUAAAGAAAAAUUGUCAUCUUCAUCAUCUGAUGGUGAAUCAUUACCAAUAAUGAAAAAAUCAGACAAAACAACCGAUUCAAAGAAAUCAUAA